UACAACUAUGACACAAGAGCUUGUCUACCAUAUAAUGACACUGGAUUUUGACACGGCUAAAACAGUGCCGCAGGAGAAACGCUUUCCUCAGUUACUAGAACAUGCAGAGGUUAAUAACGGAAUAACUAUGUUUAAAGAGUUCACAGGAUUACAAAAUCACGAGAGGCGAGCAUCACCAAGAAUGAUUAAGUCACAUUUGCAUUAUUCGCUACUUCCGGAACAAUUGCGUAACGGAAAAGGAAAGAUUGUAUAUAUCUGUCGCAAUCCAAAGGACGUCGUUAUUUCGUAUUAUCGAUUUAUGGAUUAUGCGAAGAUGCUGGAGGAGGAAUUUUCUACAUUUGACGAUUUCGUCCAUUGUUUCGUUAAAGGCAUUAAACUUUACCGAUGUCCAUGGCAAAGACAUGUGCAAGAAUAUUGGGAACAUAAAAAUGACAGCAAUGUACUUUUUCUACAGUAUGAAGUUGUUGUGGAGGAUAUGGUUGCUGCCAUAAAGCGUAUGGCAAAUUUUCUAGGGCGUCAUUUGAAAGAGGAGGACAUUUUAAAGAUUGCUGAGAGUUGUCAUGUCGAUACAAUGCGCAGUAAUCCAAUGGUUAAUUAUGACUGUUAUAAAGAUAUCAAAGAUUUGAACCCAAAUGCUGAUGGCGUUUUUAUCAACAAAGGUAAACCCGGUGUCUGGAGAGAUCGUCUUACACUGGAACAGAGCCAGAAAAUUGAUACAAUGAUUGACGAAGUAGGAAAGUUUGGCUUAAAAUUCAGACAUAGCACUUAAUGAUAUGGUAGACAUCUAUACCUGCUAUAUGAAUUGCAAUUCAAAGAUUUUACUGUAAUGAAUCGAUUGAUAGAUAUAGUGAUAUACAGUGCAUGGAGAUUUUAUAUAAAAAAUGUCUAAAUGUCUUUAAUAACUGAAAAUAUUAUCUGUAGUAUAAAGCAAUUUAAGGAAACAUAUUAUAUGUUGUUUUUUUUUUUUGCAAAAGCAAAGAGGACAUAAUAUUAUUUUAUCAUCAUCAUAAUUGUUUACUGACUUGCAAUUUAAAAAAGUUACAGUUUCAGUAGUUGUUUGUUAAAAACAUUUAAAACACACUUUUUAAAACUACUCUUCGAAGAGCUAAACUAAUUAGUAACCUACUGUCAUUUUUAUGUGUUCUCUUACAAGGAAAACUAAACAAUAGAGAACUACUUUAUUGUGCAUAUCAGAGUAGCUUCCCUUUGAUGUUUAUCCGUAAAUAAAUUAUUCUAUAAUGAGACAUUAUCAUAUAUAUGUGUAUAUUUGUUUAGUUUCAUUUUUUCUAUUU